GAUAGUGAGAAAAAAGGAAAGAAAGAGGUGAGAAAACCAAAAAAACACAGAGAGAGAGAGAGGAAUAUGAGGAAGAGUAAACGAGAGAACUUGCUUUCUCCUUCGUCUUCAUGGCGGGAAACCCAUAAUCCUCCCCGGAGAAACUCAAACUCCUCCGCCGUAUCCUCCGGCUGCCUCCCCGGAUUCUUCAACCUUUUCCUCUCCACCUUCAACUUCUCCUCCAACCGCCGCAAAUCCAUCACCUUGGGAUCUAAAAAGCGAGAACAGAGAACCGUCGUUUACGCUUCUCCUCCUCAAGAUUCAUCAAACGAAGACGGCGGAGGAAUAGUCGUCGAGCCACCGCUUCCGCGCAACGAAGCAGAGGGAGAUGCGGCGAGGGUGAGCCUGGUCGGAGCACUAGAGAAAUGCGAUCGGGAUUUAGAGGAGCUUCGGAGAACCAUCGACGUCAUCAAAACCACUUACAUUCUUCACAAGAAACUUGAAGUUUCUCCGCCGACAACAACACGUGACACUCUUAAGUUCUCCGGCACCGUGGCAGGAGAUGUCGUCGUGGGGGCGCACACGAAGAAGACACAGCACGAACCAGAGGCAGACACGAUGUUGUCGAUGGUGAACCACCACGAAUAUUGCUGCAAAGACAACCAAGCCUACAAAGUCAACAACAUUAAUCUAAUCACUAGACCCGACCAUUACGCCAUACAUGACGUCAUUUCCAAGAGAGCAACGUCAACGACGACGACAGAGUCACGUGACACUUUCCCCCUUGUGGUGCGGAGGGUGAGACGGAGCUUGAUGGAGAGCGUUAACCAGGUCUGCGAUGACGUGGCGUCUGGUCAACGUAGAGAGGUCGCUAAGAUAGGUUUGGCUCUUCAUGAUCACAUCUGCCGUGACCUGAUAGCAGAGACCGUUCGAGAGCUCUCAUCUUUCAACGACGACGUGGACGAGUUUUAUAAGUCAGCAAUGGAUUCUCCUCUUAGUAACUGCGGAGGAGGUAAAGGCCGGCACAUCCGACGUGGCAGCAGCAACUCUCUACCGUUUGACGCGUGUAGAAGAAGAUUAGUGUUUUGAUGUUGUGAUUGAUUGAUUGAUGUCUUAGGUUCUUCUACGUUACGGUCUUACGGAUAUGCAUGUCACAGUCAACGACAGUUUUCACCUAUGACACAUGUUUUAGUUUGUUUUAAUCAUUUUUUUUUUUGAAUUAAGAGAGGGUGCAGAUGAAUAGAUGAUUGUGUAACUAGGGUUUUUAAUGAUACACUAUUUAAUUUUGCUUGCA